AAAUUGUAGUAAUGGAUUUGAGAAAUAGAAACACAAGAAAAGUGCUUUUCCAGAUGUUGGAGAAAUAAUUGAAAUCUAUAAUGACUGAAAAUACUACAAAAGUGAGAUAUUAGGAAUAGCUGACAAGAUUUCAGAUCUAUGAAGAUUAAAAGAAAGCUAGAUAAAAAUAACAUAGUCCAUCACCUUAAUUAAUGAGAACACAUAGUUAAUCAGAUCACAUCCAAUUUUAUGAGAGACAAUAAUCCUAAUUAAAAUUAAAAAAUGACCGAUUGUAAUAAUCAAAGGAGAAAUCUAUAUAAAAAAAGUUAUAAGAAGAGAUUCAAGAAGCAACAUUUCAUCCUAAAAUCCUUAAGCCUAAAAGUUAGAACACCUAGAAGAAUGACUUGUAUUAAUAAGGAGUGAAAUGGAUGUAAUAAAAAGUAUUAAUUAUUAAUAGAAAAGGCUGAUCAUAUUGAUAAAUUGAAGGAAUCUUCUAUGAUCCAAAUAAGUCAAGAGAACUUAUUCAAGCCCAUUGUUAACAAAGUAUCCGAAAAAAUAAUCAAAACAACCAAUCAAACUGAUUUCUUUCAGAGAAUGAAUAAAAAUGAAGAUAAAAAGAAGGAGAAAAUAAAAAGACUUAAGACUGAUGCCACUCCCACUUUCAAACCAAAAAUUAAUGGUAUUUAAUUAAUUUAAUCCUUUAGAUCGGUCAAAGAGAGUAUAGAGUACUUUGAAUAAGGACAUUCUAUAAGUUUCUGUUAAUUUAGAAUUAAUGGAGAAGUUUCGAAAUUAUAAUCAAAGAGAUCUAAAUCUAUCUUGUAAUGAAUAUUCCAGAUAAAGAAAUUGUUCAUCAGCAUUAUCAUAAUCUAUUGAUAUUGAUAAAUAGACAAGCGACUAUCCAAGUUUUAGAAAUUCAACUACAAUUAAGAAAUAACCUAAACUACAAAUUGAUUUCAAUAGUCCCUCUUAGAAUAUGUCAGAAAUGUUAUAUGAAGCAUUAGGUGACUAAAAUUAUGAUUACUUUUGA